UGCCUAGAAUUGAUCUUCUAGCAAAGGGAGGCUCUUUUUGAUCAGUUUGUGGUUCUUUAUGCGGCUGUUGUUUUGAAGGAAUCCCUUGAAGGUGGAGUAGAGACCCUCGCCUCCUCCCUCCUGCUCCGGGGCAGGGGGAUACCCCUGAGGAACGUCAGCUGAAAGGAGAUCGCAGUGAAGAGCUCCAAUCUCUACUGCAUACCCCUGGAGCUCAGCGGUCUGCUUAGGUGAUGCUGUUGCAUUCAGUGACAUUUGGAAGCAGACACAGAUGCCCAUGAUGGAGGCUGAGGAAGAUGCAAACACCCCAUCUGAGGAUGAACCCAAGAGCAAGGCUCGCGACUGCCUGCGCUAUGCACCCCUCUGGAUAGUCCUUGUGCUGUUGGCUGGAGCUGGAGUGCUGACCUGGUAUUUCCUAGACUACAGACCACGACACUUGGAAUCAACUGUCCUGCAGUUCUACUCCGGCAGCCUCCAGAUCCUCAAUUGUCAGUACUCCCUGGACCUUGGACGGCCAGAAUCCAGAGCCUUCUGGAUUGAGUCAGCAAAGCUACAGAAGAUGCUGAGGGAACUUAUUCGUGUCACAGACCUGGAUCCAUAUUACAACUCCAGCACAGUAUAUGCCUUCGGGGAGGGGUCCCUGAUCUUCUUCUUCUGGUUCGCCCUUCAAGUCCCCGAGAGUCAGCACAAGGAGAUGACUGCUGAGAGGGUGAACAUGACUCUCUGCAGAGAGCUUCUCUCCAGCGCCAACGGUACAAGCCGCUUCUCCUACCAGACAGAGUACAAGGUUGAUCCAGACUCUCUGGUUCUGCUGGAAUCCAGUGUGAAAGACAUAAUAGUGCUGAAAUCCACUCUGGGUUGCUACAGGUACAGCCACAUCAGGGCGGAGGAAGUCCUCAGGCUGAAGGGCCCUGACUACUUGGCCUCCAGUUGUCUUUGGCACCUCCGUGGUCCCAAAGGCCACAUGAUCAAACUACGUCUGGAGUGGACCCUCCCGGAGUGCAGGGACCGGCUGGCCAUGUAUGAUGCGGCCGGGCCACUGGAGAACCGUCUCAUCACCUCAUUCUAUGGCUGCAGCCGUCAGGAGCCCAUGGUGGAAGUUCUUUCUUCAGGCCACGUCAUGUCCGUGGUAUGGAAGAAAGCGAUGUACAGCUACUACGAUCCUUUCAUCCUCACCGCCCAGGCUGUGCCCUCUGAAGACUGCCAGGUGAAUCUAACAUUGCAGGGAGGCCUGGAACUGCAGGGGAAGAUCAACACUCCACACUACCCGAGCUACUACUCACCCAACACACAGUGCACCUGGCUCAUGAUGGUCCCAUCUCUUGACUACGGAGUUGUCCUGUGGUUCGAUGCCUACACGCUGAGGAGACAGAAGUAUGAUCUGCCAUGUACUCAAGGCCAGUGGAUUAUUCAGAACAGAAGGUUGUGUGGCCUGCGGACCCUGCAAGCCUACGCCGAGCGAAUUCCUGUUGUGUCCUCUGCUGGCAUCACCAUCAGCUUCACCUCUCAGAUCUCCCUUACCGGACCCGGAGUGCAGGCUGCCUACAGCCUCUAUAACCAAUCCGAUCCCUGUCCCGGGGAGUUCCUCUGUUCUGUCAAUGGCCUCUGCGUCCCAGCCUGUGACGGGAUUAAAGACUGUCCCAAUGGACUGGAUGAGAGAAACUGUGUGUGCUCCGCGAAGUUCCAGUGUCAGGAGGACAGCACUUGCAUAGAGUUCACCAAGGUCUGUGACCAACACCUGGACUGCGUCAACGGGAGCGACGAGGAGCAGUGCAAUGAAGGAGUCUCCUGUGGGCCUUUCACUUACCAGUGUGCAGACAGGAGCUGUGUGAAGAAACCCAACCCUCAGUGUGACUCCGCCACUGACUGCAAGGACUUGUCUGAUGAGAAGCACUGUGACUGUGGCUGGCAGGCCCCUCUGAACCGGAUUGUGGGUGGUGCCAAUUCCGUAGAAGGGGAGUGGCCGUGGCAGGCUAGCCUGCAGGUCCGCGGGAGCCAUAUUUGCGGUGGAACGCUGAUUGCUGAUCGGUGGGUGGUCUCGGCUGCUCACUGCUUCCAGGAUGACAGUAGAUUGGCUUCCCCGUCCAUCUGGACUGUCUAUCUGGGCAAGUACUUUCAGAACGUCAGCAGCCAGAAUGAGGUGUCCUUCAAGGUGAGCCGCCUCCUCCUGCACCCGUACUAUGAGGAGGACAGCCACGACUACGACGUGGCCCUGCUCCAGCUUGACCACCCAGUUAUCAACUCACCCUUCAUUCAGCCCAUCUGCUUGCCCACCCACUCCCACCUCUUUGAACCUGGCCUCCGUUGCUGGAUCACCGGAUGGGGGGCUCUCAAGGAAGGAGGGCAACUGAGUAACAUCCUGCAGAAGGUGGAUGUGCAGCUGAUACAGCAGGACAUCUGCAGUGAGGCCUAUCACUACCAGAUCUCUCCCAGAAUGCUCUGUGCUGGCUACCGCAAGGGCAAGAAAGAUGCCUGCCAGGGUGAUUCUGGAGGUCCCCUCGUCUGCAAGGAGCCCAGUGGCAGGUGGUUCCUGGCUGGCCUGGUGAGCUGGGGGCUGGGUUGCGCACGUCCAGAUAAUUACGGGGUCUACACCAGGAUCACCAGGGUGCUAGGCUGGAUGAAACAGACAAUGAGCUGAGGGAUGUCCCCCUGUGCCUUCCCCACUAGGCACAGGCUGCUCUGUUACCUGUUCCUGACAUUGAUCACUUGUCUCCAGAGGGUUGGGAAAGACAGAUUAUGUUUUGGGAUGGGGGAAAGUAAAUCUGCCCCUGGGGGUAUGUGAGGACAUGUGGGAAGCCCCUCCACCCUCUCCAAGAAAUGCCCAGUCAUGUAUUAAGGCCAGGCACACAAAGGUCUCUGGUACAUUAAGGGGAAGGAGGAUGGAAAGCCGGGGGUCCUGAGCAGAUGCUUUCUGGACAGGAGAAUGGGAGACGAACUUUACAUGAACUACGUGAUUCAUCCCCAGUCCCAAUGCUGGAACAUUUGCUGCAAGAAAAUCUGACUGAUGUAGAUAGAAAUGAGAUUCCAGUAACUGUGAUAUCAAUCCGUCUCUCUCUCCUUCCCUGCCAUUCAUUCUUCUCCUCCCCACACUUCCCCCCACCACGCCUCCUCCUCUCCCAUCUCUAUAAUUGCUUCUUUCCUUAGCUAUAGGGUGUAGUUAGGUUCAACUGGGCAAUUAUUUGUCUAUUAGAGCCUCCAAGACACGAUCCAUCACUUUUCCCAAGUACAUGUCACUGCCUCAGUGCUGUAAUUUCACCAUCAUUUUAUGCUGCAAUUGGACUCCCUCCAGGCAGAAUUCUUGGCCACUGAGUACAUAACAUCUGUGCAACCUCCUACCCGCUCCCUUGAAUUCAUUUAAUACCUUUAAUACAGAAGAUCUUCCUUCACUUCCAUCCUCCAUUGCCAGCAAAGUGAGGGGAGAAGGCAGCAAGCAAAGUAUUUUAGAUGGUGAUGGCUAUGUAUUUAUAAAGAAAUAUUAUGGGCCAAUGUGUGGAAUUGGGAAUAAAAAGCAUUAUUUUUUUUGCUCUGCAA